CCAACGUAUCUGCAAAGCAAAGUUGCCUGAGCAACUCUUUCAGGCACCGCGCAUGUCUGCUUCGCAACAGCUUGUGUGUCGUUAGAGUCAAAAAUUCGACUCGCAAGCACUAAUGAUUAACUUUCUUGAAACGCCUCUCUCCUAUGGUCGCUUCCUCCACACAUGAUUGACCCCGUCAAAAUUUUCCGCGUUUUGCGCGGUAACCAAUUCCCAUUGCUCUACUCGGGGCGCGUAAGACCACGCUGUAUAAAGCGCAAGGUCUGACGCAUGAAAGACAUUCGUCUCUUCGUUCGCCUACUCAUUCCUUGCGAAUUGCCGCUACACUCUCCUUUUCCCUUACCUUCGUUGGCCAUGUCACUUCGACGUCUGUCGCAUGUUGUUGUGACUUUACUUGCUAUACUUUCUGGUGUUAGAGAAACUGCUGGCCAGUCUGCCUCUUCCUACACCGACCCAAUCACUGGGAUGUCUUUUCAGGCUCUGCAGGAUUCUUCCACCGGAUUCGUGUUUGGUCUCGCCCUUCCUGAAACUAUAGGCACCGAUUUCAUUGGGCAAAUGAUCUACCCAUCGACUGACGGAGCCGGAUGGGGUGGCGCGAUGACAUCGACACUGCUUCUCGUCUAUUGGGCCAAUGGAGAUGAAGUGAUGACGUCCUUCCGUGAAACUUCUUCCUACGCUUCCCCAAGUGUAUAUGACGGCAACGUUACUUUGUCGACUAUUCCUGAUGGCACAUACGUCAACGAUACCCACGUAUCCUUGACUUUUCUUUGUGGAGGAUGCAUUACUGGCGAUUCGCUCUCCUUCUCUAGCACGGAUACGAGCGCAGUCCUUGGAUGGGGAUACUCGACAUCUAGCCUCAGCGAUAUCACCGACUCCAGUACUGCUUUGGUUUUCCACAGUGCUGGUUACGGAGAGUUUGGUUUUUCUAUCAGUGGUGCCCAGACCUCAGAAUAUGACACCUGGGCUGCGCUCGCUGAGUCUUCAAGCGAACCUUCUUCGACAGCUUCAGCCUCUGGCACUGCUACUUCAACAAGCACUACCACUGCUCCUACCGCAACCACUACCGGAAACAUAACAUAUGAUGCUAUCAUCGUUGGUAGUGGACCUGCUGGUAUCAUUGUUGCCGAGCGCAUGGCUGAAGCUGGAGACAACGUUCUGUUAAUCGAACGUGGGGUAGCCUCCUUAUACUCCUGUGGCGGGGAGCGUGUCGAAUCGUGGAACGACACCAUCACAGUGUUUGACCUACCAGCGAAUGGUUAUGAACUUCCGUCUCUUGAUGACACAAGCUUUUACUGUACUGACACCGCCUCCCAGGCUGGAUGCAUACUCGGUGGCAGUGGCAUGGUCAACGCUUUGAUGUGGGUACCUCCAACAGCGGUCGAUUUUGAGAAUUUCCCCGCCGGAUGGAAUUGGGAUAAUGUUUCUGCAUCCGCUGACAACCUCUAUGCGCGCAAUCCUGGCACGACCCUUCCCAGUGCAGAUGGACAGUACUAUGAUACCGCUGUCUGGGACAUAGCAUCCGCUUUUCUUGCGAAUAAUUCAUGGACAGAGGUCGAUGCCAUCGCAAGCCCAAGCGAUAAGACCAGCGUGUACUCGCGACCACCUUGGAAUAUCCAGGGUGCGCAGCGCGCCGGCCCUGUUAUGACCUAUCUACCUCUUGCGCAAGCGAUGGACAAUUUCGAGCUCAUGCUCUCGACAACAGUGACGCGUGUCGUUCGUAACGGAUCUACUAUUACUGGUGUUGAAAUUGAAACAGACGGUGCAAGAGAGAUUAUCAAUAUCAAUGAUGGAGGUAAAGUCGUUCUAACGGCAGGAGCGAUGUCAACGCCACGGAUUCUUUUCAACUCUGGUAUCGGGCCUUCUGAUCAGAUUGCGAUAGUCCAGUCUGGUUCGACGAGCAUAACUCUCCCUGAAGAGUCUGAAUGGAUAGACCUUCCAGUCGGAGAAGGGAUCAUGGAUCAUGUCAUCUUUGCCGUUACAGUUGACUCGGCCACUGGGUUUACUGCAUAUGACUACUCAAGCAUCAACUCGGCCAGUGCCAAUUCUACCGACACUGAAUUGUACAAUGCUGGUUCAGGUAUACUCGCACGAUCUGGUCAACGCCUAACGUUCUGGACAAACAUCGAAACCAACAGAAGCACCCGAUACAUUCAGGGAACCGUCGCACCGAAAUCCAACAACACAAUUACCUGGAAGAUCUAUCUGACGCAUGGGCUCACAUCCAACGGCACGCUUGGAAUCACAUCCGACGGCAGUACAACGCUGAUCAAGUCACCCUGGCUCACAACAGACGAUGAUAAGGCGACUAUCACUAGUUUUAUGGAAACAUUCAUUGGCUACAUGGAUAACUCCAGUGAACUAAGCAUUACUUCUCUUACGGGGGACAAUAUCACCGCCGAGAGCUUAAUCGAGGAUUAUACUACUGGUGCGCAUUGGGCUGCGAGCUGCAAGAUGGGCGAGAGCAACGACGGUAGUUCCGUGGUGGAUACGGAUACUAGGGUCUGGGGUACAGAUAACCUGUUCAUCGCGGAUGCUUCGAUCCAUCCAGAUCUUCCUGUUGGCAAUAUUCAGACUGUUGUCAUGAUCGUCGCGGAGAAAGCAGCGGAGAAGAUCAUCGCCUAUACGGCGCCCUCGAAUUCUACGACUUCCUCUGUGUCAACGGACACUGAGACUUUCAGCGCGACAGCCUCGUACUCAGGUUCCGCCGGAGCGACUUCUGUUGAGUCGUUACCUGCUACCCAAACCUCCGUCGAUUCUUCGUCUGCUGCUUUUACUUUGGUCGGGUCACCGACCUCUUCCGCCGCUGGAUCCUCUUCAGUCGGGUUGACUACCACAGGAACAAGCACAAGCACGGCCGCUUCUUCCGUUAUUACAGACGCUAAUAUCUGCUGGAACAAUUACAACUCUUGCAUUGCUGCUGGUCAGCCUAACCCAGACUGGGACGGAUGUACAGCGACGAAGGACGACUGUUUGACGAAGGCUUCAUAUGGUCGUCGCUCGCGCACGCAUAGGAAACGCCGAUUGACGCGCUUCUGAACAUGAGCAUAUUGGAGUCUUGAUGGCACUUAUGAAGGAGGACGCUCUGCUGGCGGGAGUCCAUGACUACUUUGUUUUGCCCGUAGAGGGUUUUCCAUGUCUUUCUGUAUUUUGUAUGCCUGUCAGAAGCCAUAGCGGGCUUGAUAUGAAGUCAAGUAGUGCCGACCACCUUAGCCGCAUUUUAUCAGCCAGAACGGCGUCAAGUGUUGAACUACUUUAUGCUCCCUCAGACGCACAUUAAUGUUGGAUAUUCUCCCUUGCCACGCCGUUUCAUGUAUUCUGUCAGAUAUCCGUCGCAAAGCUACUACGAACCAAACAAUAAAUUUAGCCAAAGAUAUUCCACAUCAUACAACAAAGCUG